GGAGACGCAUUCAUGCAGAGAAUGUACAAGUCACUCCCACGACUUAGUGCUUCCUCAGCGGCACGGACGACAGGGUCUAUUGAACCCUUUAAAGAGGUCGUCACACUUCCAGCCAACUCAUCAGAAGCAGAGGCAAGGACCGUCUACGAGCAAUGGGCCGCGAAAGCGCGGUUCGAAUACUGCGACCUGGAAGUCAAGAAUGCAGACGGCUCCACAUCUUCCCCGCCAAAUUACAAGUUUAGCUAUAAUAGCGACGCUAGAAUGCUGGUCAACUCAGACCUACCCAAGCGCAGUUUAGCCAUCGCGAGAGAAUUGGCCGUACUCACCACGAAUCUGCCCAUUGCCUGGGAUUCCUCUGUGUUCCUCAGAGUAGACGAAAGUCGCGUGGACAUCAUCAAGGCCCUAAUAACUGGCCCAGAAGGAACACCGUAUGAGGGCAAGGUGUGCCUUUCUUUACUGGGGACAUGGGAUGGUCCUGGCUGGAUCAGCGGAAAAUCGACUCUUCUGCAAGUCCUUAUUUCUAUUCAAUCGAUGAUUCUAUGCGAAGAGCCUUGUACGUGGAUCAAAAUCAUGGCAGGGUUUCCGUACUCAUCUUCUCUAGACUUGAACGAGCCUGGUUGGGCAAAUCAGGCUGGUACGCCCGCAUCGCAAGCAUGUAAGUAUUGUCACCUGAGAAGUACUGUAGCUCAUCAAGUAUAUAGACUCCGCAAAUGUCAGGAGAAUGGUCGUGCAUACAGCAGUGAGCUUCAUAUCUCUAACCGGAUCCUCUAUACAUCGUUUAAUUGGGCCAAGGCUAUCUCACAGCAGCUAGAUAAAUGGUUGAAAUUGGAUGAUGGACAACCUACCAAUGGCGCGAACAACGGAGGAAGCCUUGGUACUCCUGGGAAUCAGGGCUCCGCUUUCCAGAGAGAUGUAACAGAGCUCAAGGAUCUAUUACAGAAGAUGUAA